GUCAACCACUCACUUGGAUUUGGAUACAGGCCUGCUGAUGUCGCAAAGUCUCUCUGUCUCUUGUUCUCUCUACUACUUCAUGUCGUGGACGAAUGUCGCCCCACACCAAACGCGUCCUGAAAAUUUCACUAACAAACUACUGGUGAUACUAAUUAACUUAAGCAAUAUAUAGACAUCUUUAUAAUUAACUGGUGGAUCGUGUAUUAUUAUUAUUAUUAUUGUUAUGUCCAUUGUAUCAUUAUUAGGUAUAGAAGUAUUGAACAAUCCUGCUAAAUUCGGAGAUCCUUAUGAAUUUGAAAUUACAUUUGAAUGUUUAGAACCACUUAAAGAAGAUUUAGAAUGGAAAUUAACUUAUGUAGGAUCAUCACGAUCUUUAGAUCAUGAUCAAGAAUUAGAUUCUAUAUUAGUAGGACCAGUUCCUGUUGGAGUUAAUAAAUUUUUAUUUCAAGCAGAUCCUCCAAGUCCAGAAUUAAUUCCGGCUAAUGAAUUAGUUAGUGUUACAGUAAUAUUAUUAAGUUGUUCUUAUAAUGAUCGAGAAUUUGUUCGAGUGGGGUAUUAUGUUAAUAAUGAAUAUGAUAGUGAAGAAUUACGAGAGAAUCCUCCAGCUAAAGUUCAAGUAGAACAUGUGGUCAGAAAUAUAUUGGCUGAAAAGCCAAGAGUUACUCGUUUUAAUAUUGUGUGGGAUAAUGAGGAUGGCAAUGCCGAUGAGUAUCCUCCAGAACAGCAAGUAGAUGAAGAGGAAGAAGAAGACGAAGAAGACGAAGAAGAGGAAGAAGAGGAAGGACAAGAGGCAGGAGAAGUAGAAGAGGAGGAGGAAGAAGAAGAGGAAGAGGAGGAAGAGGAAGAGGAUGGUGAAAAGCCUACAAAAAAGAGAAAACUCGAAGAAGAUGAUGAUGAUGAUGAAGAAAUAGAUAUAGAGGAGGAAGAUGGAGAAGAAGAUAUAGAGGAGGAAGACGUUGAAGAGGAUAUCGAAGAAGAAGACGCUGAACCUGAACCAACCGGUAGUGAGACACCUAUCGAUAAAGUGCAGAGUACCUAACUUACUUCUGCAAUUAUAUAUUAGAAGU